UUGACCUGCAUUACACUGAAUGCCAGAGAGUCUUUCAGGACUUAGACCCUAAAGCAGCAGGAAUCUUGGAUUCUUUUUGGCGAGGUGCUGGACACCACCGCCACCUUUCUUCCCCUUUUUAGAGCCUGCUAAUUGGAAGCAGAAGAAAAGAGUCCAUCAACAUCCAGGAUGGCAAACAAGGAGAAUGUGAGCAGCAUCUACAGUAGUCUCUCUAAAUACCAAAACAGCAGCCUGACAGGCGUUCAACGGAUUCCCUGUAAGGAUAACAGUGCCACGUCUAGUACUCCUUCUGGGUCGCUUUUGAUGCAAAGAGCUAUUGCCAACACUGCGAAGUCCACUCUCAGGACCCCAACUGCCCAGAACCCACCUGCCCCAGGCAGGGUGCCUAUUCAGCCAGAUUCUGCUGCCGCCUCGGCAAAAGAAGAGUCUGAGACACAGCGCGAGUUCACCAUUCAUGACUUUGAGAUCGGAAGGCCGCUGGGCAAAGGGAAGUUUGGCAAUGUCUACCUGGCUCGGUUGAAAGAAUCCAAGUUCAUUGUGGCUCUCAAGGUGCUCUUCAAAUCCCACAUUGAGAAGGAUGGCGUGGAGCAUCAGCUGCGCCGGGAGAUUGAGAUCCAGUGUCACCUCAGUCACCCCAAUAUCCUGCGCCUCUAUAACUACUUCCAUGAUCGCAAGCGAGUGUACCUAAUCCUGGAGUAUGCCCCUCGAGGGGAGCUUUACAAAGAACUGCAGAAACACCAGCGCUUCGAUGAGCAGAGAACUGCGACAUACAUGGAAGAGUUGGCCGAUGCCCUCCAGUACUGCCAUAGUAAGAAGGUGAUCCACCGGGACAUCAAGCCAGAGAAUUUGUUGAUGGGGCUCAAAGGGGAGCUGAAGAUUGCUGACUUUGGAUGGUCUGUCCAUGCCCCCUCCCUCAGGAGGAAGACCAUGUGUGGCACUCUGGACUACCUGCCCCCCGAGAUGGUAGAAGGUCGUCCCCACGAUGAGAAGGUUGACCACUGGUGCAUUGGGAUUCUUUGCUACGAGUUGCUGGUGGGCCGCCCGCCCUUUGAGAGUAGCUCUAACAUGGAGACCUAUAGCCGCAUCAUCAAGGUGGAUCUCAAGUUCCCAUCGUUUGUGACGGAAGGCCCCCGGGACCUGAUUUCAAAACUGCUGCGCCACAACCCGUCCGAACGGCUCUCCCUGAAGGGGGUGAUGGAGCACCCUUGGGUCAAAGCCAACUCCAAGCGAGUGCUGCCCCCUGUUUUUGCCCAAACUGAUUCCUUAUAAAG